AUGGCCAAUUGUCCUAGAAGAAGCCACCUGACCCAGACAUUUGUUGUCCCUGAUGAAGAUGAUAUAUAUGAUGAUGCGUCAAUUGCACCGCUGGACGAGACAAGGACUGCAGAGGACACUGACAAUACCAGCCUGAUUGAUAUCAACGAGACAAUUGCCACCUUCCUCACCAAUGCUGACAGCCAGUCCCAAUCAACUGCACCUUUGACGCCUUUGCCAGUUACUCCUGCAACAGAGACUGGGGCACAGUUUCUCAAGAGGAAGAGAGGCAGCAGUACACCUCACAGGGGCCUUGGGCAGAAGGACAAGUCAGUUUGGAAGCACGCAAGAGCACGGCUACCCUAUGAGGCAGAGAGGGAUGAUCAUGGCCAUCAAAUCUUCUACUGUGCAGAGGACAAUUGUAACUGGAAGGGCCCAUCAAGCAAUGCGGCUCGUCACCUUCGAAAACAUGCCAUCUUUGUGGGCAGAUUCUCAACUACACCCUCAACAAUUGCACAAGCCAACAGUCUACAACAAGGCCUUCAAAAUAUGGCUAUGAAGCAUGCUGAAUCCAGUCACAAUCAAACCGUCACAGUCCUCCGCAAUGCUGCUUAA